GUGCUGGUGCCGCUGUGCUCGGUGCGCGGCCGCCCCGCGCUGCUCUUCACGCUCCGCUCCCGCCGCCUCGCCGGCCCCCACAGCGGCGACGUCAGCUUCCCCGGUGGGCGGCGGGACCCGGCGGACGGGGACGCGGUGGCCACGGCUCUGCGGGAGACGCGGGAGGAGCUGGGGGUGGCGGUGGCAGCCACCAGCGUCUGGGGACAGCUUCGGACGCUGCCCGACCGGCAUGGAAUGACCGUGGCGCCCGUCGUGGCCAACCUGGGGCCGCUGGAGGCCUUGACUCUGAACCCCAACCCCGAUGAGGUGGAGGAGGUGUUCACGCUGCCCCUGGCUCACCUGCUCCGCGAGGAGAACCAGGGCUACACCCACUUCCGCACGGCCAGCGGCUACGGAUACACCUUGCCCGUGUUCCUCAACGGCCCCCACAAGGUGUGGGGGCUCACAGCCAUCAUCACCGAGCUGACUCUGGAGCUGCUGGUGCCUGGCCGCUACCGCAGGAAGACCCACGUGCCUGCCCGGAAAGGCCCGGCCUGAGCGGGGAGGGCAGGGGGGGCUGUGGGGUUCUCGUGCCUCGGUUCUCCACCGUGCACGGGGGAAACGGCUCCGGGCCCUGCAGUGAUGUCGCACACUGUGAUUCAGUAAAAGCCAUGUUUGGAACUGC